AGAGAAGCGCACAAUACAUUUUUCCCACAAUGCUGCCGAGGUUCGACGGGACUUCAGGGUACUUUAACGAUGUGCCAUAUUUCACUCCAGUUGAAACCACUGUGUUCUACGAGGCAGUGCAAAACUGUCGUCUACAUAAGCUUCCAGGCCAUUUAAUGGUAAGUCCAAGGUCAAUACCAUUUUUUGUUAAGUCAGGCACCGUUUUCGCUGAUGCGUUGGGUGAAAAGUUCAAGGCUACCACCGGAACACGGACGACGUCUGCUGGCACUGUCUUCCCUGAAUUCAAAACUGAUUUUUCUUCGACGCAGCCGCUUUUUAAAAAAUCAGGGUCGGAUUACGUGGUCAUCAGGGAGACGUGUCUUCUGGCAGACUGCGGCGCUUCGAACGAGCACACCCAGACUGUGUUGAUCAAAUUAAUUAACACAACAACAAUAAAUCAAAUUUGGACUAAUCUUCUCUUUCUUAUUAACGGAAUAGCUGCGACGCCAAGCAAAUUUAGAAUAGAAUACGUUGACAUUUCUUUAGGUCACUCGAACGGUUAUGGGGAAUGUCUUCUUUCCUUAUUGCUCUCUGGUGUAGCGUCGAUUCUUCACUUUUACUCCAAGAAAGGGCAUCACCAAGCUGUUCUUGAGGCUGUGACAAUUGAGCUUGUUGUCCUCAACACCCCUGAAGGUGCAAGUGUGGCAGACAAACUGCAGUUUUACGCCGAAAACAAAUUGAAACUGUCUGUUACACGAACUGACGACAACAAUUUUAGCUCCUCCUACGAAGAACUGAUCUCUCAAGCGCAGUGUCUCCCUUGUUGCGACACGGAUUGGCUAGAGACAGUUUGCAGUGAGGCAGUUGACGCCCAUGAGAUGCUAUGUGAUGAAGAGAACGAACCGCAAGACAAUAAGCUGAGAUCGCCUACCAUUCUACUCGUGGUACCCCACAUCGCGGCUGUGCGCUCCACAUUAGUGAAUCAAAUUCUUGAUAGCUACAGUUCCGAACCACUGCGUGUGCAAAGCGAACGUGAAUGGAGCUUUGAUGAGCUGGCUAAGUCAUCGCCUGUCGUUUUUGUCUGCAGCGCUACGUGGCUCGUGAGUCAGAUGAGUGUGUCCAUGGAGGAGAACUUACUCAGCAAAGUGGAUGUAAAAGUUGUUAUCCACGGCGGUUUUUGCGAGAUCGCAAACACGAUCGAGGAAGAAAUUGUGAGGUGCACUAUCGCUUUACAAAACUGUGGUGUGAAAGCGCAAGAAAGACGGAUCCUGCAGCUCCAAAAUCCGCCGUUUUUCAAACGAGACGUCCUACCGAAUUCUUCCGCAACAGAACACGCUGUUCACUUAUGCGGGGGUACGCUGCUUCUCCUUUUUCGACGCUUCGUAAUGCGUUUCUCUCCAGUCAGCAAACAACCGUUUGUAUCUCUCCCACGCAAUUUAUUCUGUACGGAACAGGCGUGGAUUUUUUUCAACUCAACUGUUUACACUCUUCAAGCCGCUGGAAUAAUGGCAUCAAGUUCUGACGUUUCUCCAGAAGUUUUGGAGCUAAGUGUUCUUGGACGCUUUCUGUCAUUUCAUUUCCGCAUUGGCGAUGUGCAAACAAGACAUGAUUCGCUCACAUUGGCUGAUGGGAAGGCCAUUCUUUGGGCCUUCCUGCUUCGUCAGCCGUUGAGCGUUCCGCAAGAAGUAGUGAAAGGCCGCCAUACUUUUCACACGUGGGUCGAGACCGCCGUUGCGGAAUUCUGUAGUGAACAUCAGCUGAUCUUUGAAUUUCAAAACAGCAUUCCACGGAGCGCCCUCGUUGAGCAACUUGCGCGGUUUGGAUUUGGGGACGGAGCUGUGCAGAAUCGCGUGCAUUACAUUUUGAGCUCGCCGAACGGGACGCGGUUUCCUCUUCGACCGCAUCUGACUGGUUCAAUUCCAACCGUUUGCCGAGGAUGGUAUGAACAAGCACCGUUAAACGCCGGUCUCGCGCUGGAGAAGAAGGAGGUGAACGUUGUUUGUUUGCCUCCCAAGUCCGCUUACUGUGAAAUGGAGUCAAUCAUUGAAGGCUCGAAUCGUUGCCUUCAGAGUCCCUUGGAGUUGUCUUACCCUAUUAUAGUAGCGCAUUCCGUCUUCCACAUUUCGCUGCAUAAUAUUUGUGUCUUCAGCGAGACGGCAGAGUCAAGCGCUGUGAUGCCGCUUCCUGCAAAUCUCCUCGAAUCUGGGGUCAUGCACUUUCUGAUGAGCGGUCUUACGAAGGCGAACGCGGGUUUGUGGCUUGACGGGGUCAUGAAUGAAAUUACGCCUUCAAUAUCCGACUCGUCCGUCUUAGCUCCUCUGACUCUGAAAGGCAAACGGCACAUUCAAUACUGCGAGCGCGAAGCUUUCACCCGCAAAAAGAGGCGGCUGGCGGCAGAGACUGAGAAGACCAGCGACACCAACGAAUUUCGCGGUGUUUUACCGCGAACUGCAGCGGAGCGCAACGCAGUGGAGGAACUGGUGGAACUCAUUAAGUCAGUCGGAAGAGAAAAAGCGGAGAAGAUUUUCCGCGGGAAAAAAGGCUUUAAUUUUUUGGAAGCCUCUCAUGAGGUGCACCCUUUUUAUCUGUACAGCUUGAAAAGUGGUUUUUGA